UUGUUCUUAUCUAUCUAUCUAUCUAUCUAUCUAUCUAUCUAUCUAUCUCAUUCUUUUUCUAUCUAUCUAUCUAUCUAUCUAUCUAUCUAUCUAUCGCAGUCUGUUAAUAUCUAUCUGUCUGUCUAUACGUUUGUUUUUAUCCGUCUAUCUAUCUAUCUAUCUAUCUAUCUAUCUAUCUAUCUAUCUAUACACGGUUUGCCUCCACGUGGGAGACGAUACUCCCUCAGUCCCUUCAUCGCAGCUGGAACAUGCUGUGUACCGCUCUUAAUGAAACCCCACAUGAGAGAAUGUUUCAACACCAACGGAGGACAGCAGAUGGGCAUUCGCUCAUUACUGCUGUCCUCCCUCUUACGAAUUUAUCCGUUGCCCGCCCUCCUCCGAUGCCGAAUUUAUCCGUUGUCCGCCCUCCUCCGACGCCGAAUUUAUCCAUUGUCCGCCCUCCUCCGAUGCCGAAUUGCCGAAUUGUAUCCGUUGUCCGCCUCCUCCGAUGCCGAAUUUAUCGUUGUCCGCCCUCCUCCGAUGCCGAAUUUAUGUUGUCCGUUGUCCGCGUUGUCCGCCCUCCGAUGCCGAAUUUAUACGUUGUCCGCCCUCCUCCGAUGCCGAAUUUAUACGUUGUCCGCCCUCCUUCGAUGCCGAAUUUAUACGUUGUCCGCCCUCCUCCGAUGCCGAAUUUAUACGUUGUCCGCCCUCCUCCGAUACCGAAUUUAUACGUUGUCCGCCCUCCUUCGAUGUCGAAUUUAUCCGUUGUCCGCCCUCCUCCGAUGUCGAAUUUAUCCAUUGUCCGUCCUCCUCCGAUGCCGAAUUUAUCCGUUGUCCGCCCUCCUCCGAUGCCGAAUUUAUACGUUGUCCGCCCUCCUCCGAUGCCGAAUUUAUCCAUUGUCCGCCCUCCUCCGAUGCCGAAUUUAUCCGUUGUCCCUCCUCCGAUGCCGAAUUUAUACUCCGAUGCCGAAUUUAUACGUUGUCCGCCCUCCUUCGAUGCCGAAUUUAUACGUUGUCCGCCCUCCUCCUUCGAUGCCGAAUUUAUGUCGUUGUCCGCCCGUUGUCCGCCCCUCCGAUGCCGAAUUUAUACGUUGUCCGCCCUCCUCCGAUGCCGAAUUUAUACGUUGUCCGCCCCUCCUCCGAUGCCGAAUUUAUCCGUUGUCCGCCUCCUCCGAUGCCGAAUUUAUCCGUUGUCCGCCCUCCGAUGCCGAAUUUAUCCGUUGUCCGCCCUCCUCCGAUGCCGAAUUUAUCCGUUGUCCGCCCUUCUCCGAUGCCGAAUUUAUACGUUGUUCGCCCUCCUCCGAUGCCGAAUUUAUCCAUUGUCCGCCCUCCUCCGAUGCCGAAUUUAUACGUUGUCCGCCCUUCCGAUGCCGAAUUUAUCCGUUGUCCGCCCUCCUCCGAUGCCGAAUUUAUACGUUGUCCGCUCUCCUCCGAUGCCGAAUUUAUACGUUGUCCGCCCUCCUCCGAUGCCGAAUUUAUACGUUGUCCGCCCUCCUCCGAUGCCAAAUUUAUACGUUGUCCGCCCGCCUCCGAUGCCGAAUUUAUACGUUGUCCGCACUCUCCGAUGCCGAAUUUAUCCGUUGUCCGCCCUCCUUCGAUGCCGAAUUUAUCCGUUGUCCGCCUCCUCCGAUGCCGAAUUUAUGCCGUUGUCCGCCCUCCUCCGAUGCCGAUUGUCCGCCCUCCUCCGAUGCCGAAUUUAUCCAUUGUCCGCCCUCCUCCGAUGCCGAAUUUAUACGUUGUCCGCCCUCCUCCGAUGCCGAAUUUAUCCGUUGUCCGCCCUCCUCCGAUGCCGAAUUUAUACGUUGUCCGCCCUCCUCCGAUGCCGAAUUUAUCCGUUGUCCGCCCUCCUCCGAUGCCGAAUUUAUCCAUUGUCCGCCCUCCUCCGAUGUCCGUUGUCCGCCCUCCUCCGAUGCCGAAUUUAUACGUUGUCCGCCCCUCCUCCGAUGCCGAAUUUAUCCAUUGUCCGCCCUCCUCCGAUGCCCGUUGUCCGCCCUCCUCCGAUGCCGAAUUUAUCCGUUGUCCGCCCUCCUCCGAUGCCGAAUUUAUACGUUUUAUAGGUUGUCCGCCCUCCUCCGAUGCCGAAUUUAUCCGUUGUCCGCCCUCCUCCGAUGCCGAAUUUAUCCGUUGUCCGCCCUCCUCCGAUGCCGAAUUUAUCCAUUGUCCGCCCUCCUCCGAUGCCGAAUUUAUCCGUUGUCCGCCCUCCUCCGAUGCCGAAUUUAUCCAUUGAUCGAAUUUAUCCGUUGUCCGCCCUCCCGAUGCCGAAUUUAUCCAUUGUCCGCCCUCCUCCGAUGCCGAAUUUAUACGUUGUCCGCCCUCCUCCGAUGCCGAAUUUAUCCGUUGUCCGCCCUCCUCCGAUGCCGAAUUUAUCCGUUGUCCGCCCUCCUCCGAUGCCGAAUUUAUCCGUUGUCCGCCCUCCUCCGAUGCGUUGUCGAAUUCCUCCGAUGCCGAAUUUAUACGUUGUCCGCCUGCCUCCUGCCGAUGCCGAAUUUAUCCGUUUGUCCGCCCUCCUCCGAUGCCGAAUUUAUUUAUCCGUUGAUCCGUUGUCCCUCCUCCGAUGCCGAAUUUAUCCGUUGUCCGCCCUCCUCCGAUGCCGAAUUUAUCCGUUGUCCGCCUCCUCCGAUGCCGAAUUUAUCGUUGUCCGCCCUCCUCCGAUGCCGAAUUUAUACGUUGUCCGCCCUCCUCCGAUGCCGAAUUUAUACGUUGUCCGCCUCCUCCGAAUUUAUACGUUGUCCGAAUUUAUCCGUUGUCCGCCCUCCUUCGAUGCCGAAUUUAUCCGUUGUCCGCCCUCCUCCGAUGCGAAUUUAUGCCGUUGUCCGCCCUCCUCCGAUGCCCCGUUGUCCGCCCUCUCCGAUGCCGAAUUUAUUCGUUGUCCGCCCUCCUCCGAUGCCGAAUUUAUCCGUUGUCCGCCCUCCUCCGAUGCCGAAUUUAUAUGAUGUCCGCCCUCCUCCGAUGCCGAAUUUAUACGUUGUCCGCCCUCCUCCGAUGCCGAAUUUAUCCGUUGUCCGCCCUCCUCCGAUGCCGAAUUUAUCCGUUGUCCGCCUCCUCCGAUGCCGAAUUUAUACGUUGUCCGCCCUCCUCCGAUGCCGAAUUUACCGUUGUCCGCCCUCCUCCGAUGCCGAAUUUAUACGUUGUCCGCCCUUCUCCGAUGCCGAUGCCGAAUUUAUCCGUUGUCCGCCCUCCUCCGAUGCCGAAUUUAUCCAUUGUCCGCCCUCCUCCGAUGCCGAAUUUAUCCGUUGUCCGCCCUCCUCCGAUGCCGAAUUUAUACGUUGUCCGCCCUCCUCCGAUGCCGAAUUUAUCCAUUGUCCGCCCUCCUCCGAUGCCGAAUUUAUCCAUUGUCCGCCCUCCUCCGAUGCCGAAUUUAUCCGUUGUCCGCCCUCCGAUGCCGAAUUUAUAUCCGCUCCUCCUCGAUGCCGAAUUUAUAUUGUCCGCCCUCCUCCGAUGCCGAAUUUAUACGUUGUCCGCCCUCCUCCGAUGCCGAAUUUAUCCGUUGUCCGCCCUCCUCCCGAUGUCGAAUUUAUCCGUUGUCCGCCUCCUCCGAUGCCGAAUUUAUACGUUGUCCGCCCUCCUCCGAUGCCGAAUUUAUCCGUUGUCCGCCCUCCUCCGAUGCCGAAUUUAUCCGUUGUCCGCCCUCCUCCGAUGCCGAAUUUAUACGUUGUCCGCCCCUCCUCCGAUGCCGAAUUUAUACGUUGUCCGCCCUCUCGAUGCCGAAUUUAUCCAUUGUCCGCCCUCCUCCGAUGCCGAAUUUAUCCGUUGUCCGCCCUCCUCCGAUGCCGAAUUUAUACGUUGUCCGCCCUCCUCCGAUGCCGAAUUUAUACGUUGUCCGCCGAAUUUUAUCCGUUGUCCGCCCUCCUCCGAUGCCGAAUUUAUACGUUGUCGCCCUCCUCCGAUGCCGAAUUUAUACGUUGUCCGCCCUCCUCCGAUGCCGAAUUUAUCCGUUGUCCGCCCUCCUCCGAUGCCGAAUUUAUCCGUUGUCCGCCCUCCUCCGAUGCCGAAUUUAUCCGUUGUCCGCCCUCCUCCGAUGCCGAAUUUAUACGUUGUCCGCCCUCCUCCGAUGCCGAAUUUAUACGUUGUCCGCCCUCCUCCGAUGCCGAAUUUAUCCGUUGUCCGCCCUCCUCCGAUGCCGAAUUUAUACGUUGUCCGUUGCCUCCGAAUUUAUCCAUUGUCCGCCCUCCUCCGAUGCCGAAUUUAUACGUUGUCCGCCCUCCACCGAUGCCGAAUUUAUACGUUGUCCGCCCUCCUCCGAUGCCGAAUUUAUCCAUUGUCCGCCCUCCUCCGAUGCCGAAUUUAUACGUUGUCCGCCCUCCUCCGAUGCCGAAUUUAUCCGUUGUCCGCCCUCCUCCGAUGCCGAAUUUAUCCGUUGUCCGCCCUCCUCCGAUGCCGAAUUUAUCCGUUGUCCGCCCUCCUCCGAUGCCGAAUUUAUACGUUGUCCGCCCUCCUCCGAUGCCGAAUUUAUACGUUGUCCGCCCGCCUGAUGCCGAAUUUAUCCAUUGUCCGCCCUCCUCCGAUGCCGAAUUUGUCCGUUGUCCGCCCUCCGAUGCCGAAUUUAUCCGUUGUCCGCCCUCCUCCGAUGCCGAAUUUAUCCGCCCUCCUUGUCGAAUUUAUCCGUUGUCUGCCCUCUCAUGCCCUCCUCCGAUGCCGAAUUUAUCCGUUGUCCGCCCUCCUCCGAUGCCGAAUUUAUCCGUUGUCCGCCCUCCUCCGAUGCCGAAUUUAUAUUGUCCGUUGUCCGCCCUCCUCCGAUGCCGAAUUUAUCCAUUGUCCGCCUCCUCCGAUGCCGAAUUUAUCCGUUGUCCGCCCUCCUCCGAUGCCGAAUUUAUCCUUUGUCCGCCGUCCUCCGAUCCUCCGAAUUUAUCCGUUGUCCGCCCUCCUCCGAUGCCGAAUUUAUCCAUUGUCCGCCCUCCUCCGAUAUGCCGAAUUUAUCCGUCCGCCUCCUCCGAUGCCGAAUUUAUCCGUUGUCCGCCCCCUCCUGCCGAAUUUAUCCGUUGUCCAUCCCUCCUCCGAUGCCGAAUUUAUCCGUUGUCCGCCCUCCUCCGAUGCCGAAUUUAUCCGUUGUCCGCCCUCCGAUGCCGAAUCCGAUCCGCCGAAUUUAUACGUUGUCCGCCCUCCUAUCGAUGCCGAAUUGUAUCCAUUGUCCGCCCUCCUCCGAUGCCGAAUUUAUCCGCCCUCCUUGUCCGCCCUCCGCCCUCCGAUGCCGAAUUUAUCCGUUGUCCGCCCUCCUCCGAUGCCGAAUUUAUCCAUUGUCCGCCCUCCUCCGAUGCCGAAUUUAUCCGUUGUCCGCCCUCCUCCGAUGCCGAAUUUAUCCAUUGUCCGCCCUCCUCCGAUGCCGAAUUUUUAUGCCGUUGUCCGCCCUCCUCCGAUGCCGAAUUUAUCCGUUGUCCGCCCUCCUCCGAUGCCGAAUUUAUUUCCGAUGCCAUUGUCCGCCCUCCUCCGAUGCCGAAUUUAUACGUUGUCCGAUGCCGAAUUUUAUACGUUGUCCGCCCCUCCGAUGCCGAAUUUAUCCAUUGUCCGCCCUCCUCCGAUGCCGAAUUUAUCCGUUGUCCGCCCUCCUCCGAUGCCGAAUUUAUCCGUUGUCCGCCCUCCUCCGAUGCCGAAUUCCUCCGAUGCCGAAUUUAUGUCCGCCCUCCUCCGAUGCCGAAUUUAUCCAUUGUCCGUUGA